ACAUCCGUGGGAGAUACGGGCUCAUCCACACCAGAGACUCGGGUCCGGCUUUUACUGUAGGUGUAGCUGUACAUGCUGCUUGACACCAGCGACUGUGCUUAAGACCUGUGGAAGGGGGACGCUCACGCUCGCCUGGACCAUGAGCAAUGAGUCUACCGUAUGGAAAAACCUAACUGAAACCACCACCAAUGUUCCAGAAGACCCUGGCAAACAGGACAGCUAUGUCCUCCUGCUGGUCCUGCUGUCAGUCUUCCUCGGGGGGAUGCUGGUCGUGCUGUCCGUGCUGCUGAUCAUCUGCCGUCGCUGCUGCGAGGGAGACCGCCGCUACUCCAGGGCCGGCGAUGACCCGGAGAAGACCAACACCACGUACCUGGAGGAGUCGCAGCCGGUGCAAGAGAUCACCAUCCGGGUGGAUGAGUCGGACUGCCUGUCGGCCGCCAGCAGCCAUGACACGGAGACGGAGCGCUUCCUGACGACGGGCACCACGGGCCGGCGCGUCUCCUUUAACGAGGCGGCGCUGUACGACCACGGGAAGAAGACGCAGGAGAAAGGUCGAAGGUACACUCUCACCGAGGGCGACUUCCACCACCUGAAAAACGCCCGACUCACCCACCUCCACCUGCCCCCGCCCGCCCUGAAGAUCCUCACCAUCCACGAGUGCGAGUCAUCGGAGAACAGCAUCGCCAUGACGACACGCCCCGCCUCCAAGUCCAGCCUCUCCAUCUUCCAGCCCUCCAUUUGCCCCCUGCCCCAGACGGCCCUGACCAGCCUGAGCAUCAGCCCCAGUUCUGCCCUCCCGGGAGACGCCCUCAACUCCGUGGUGGACAGCAGCUUCAGCGAGAGUCCCCCGGCCCCCGGCCCUGAGGGCCCCCGGGCCAGCUCUAUCGAGGUGAUGGGGGCCGGGGCCCGGAUCGGGGGCAGCCCGGGCGGUGCGAGUGAAGGGGCCGUGGCCUCUGGCGCCCCCUCUGGCGGAUCUGGGCAGGGCACGGUGCUGCAGUUCUUCACCAAGCUGCGGCGCCACGCGAGUCUGGAGGGCGCCAGCCCCUACUUCAAGAUCAAGAAGUGGAAGUUCGACAGCAGCCAGCGGGCCUCCAGCCUGGACACCAGAGGGUCCCCGAAACGGCGGCAGUUCCAACGGCAGAGGGCGGCCAGCGAGAGCAUGGACCAGGAGGAGAGCGAGGGGCGCGAGGCGCACCACAUCGACCUCAUCCAGUACAUCGCGCGCGCGCACGACAUCCCCUACUGCCCCGGCCGCGCCUCCCCCGGCUUCCUGUCCCCCCCCUCCACGCCACCACCCUCCCUCGGCAGGUUAGAGGUGGAGGUGGUGGUGGAGCCUAGCUGCAGUGGCGUGAGAGGAGUGAUUGGCUUGUCUCCGGAGCCCCAGGAGGAGGGGCUGGGGGUGGGACUCGGGGCAGGGCCCGGGGCCGGGUCAUCCUGCCUCAAGGAGAGCUCGGAGCCCCAGACUCUGUACCGCGACAUCUGGACCCUGCGGGCUUCGCUGGAGCAGUACGCCUCGUCCGACCAGAGCAGCAACAACGACCGCGAUUCGGUGCGGAGCGACGCGGACAGCGUGUGCUCGCUAGGGGGCGCCACCGAGAAGGGGGGCCUGCCCAGCUACCCCUCCCAGGACAUCGGAGACGAGCCAGACGGGGACGCCGAGCCGCCCCGGGCGGAGGCGGGGGACAAGGCGGGGAAGCAGGACAGCGUGGACUCGGAGAGGGGCAGCGACGGCGAGUCGGGCAACCGCAAGCUGCUGCAGAUGGACAGCGGCUACGCCUCCAUCGAGGCCCCCUGCAGGGCGCCGGAGGAGCUGCGGCUGUUCGGCAGCACGGCGGCGACGGGGCCCAAGGACAAAACGGCGUCGGAGAAGAGGCGCUUCUUCACCAACUCCGGGCGCAAGGGCACCGUGUGCGAGAGCGUGGAGGCGGCGGGGGAGAUGUUCGAGGAGGAGCUGGAGGACGAGGCGGUGGGGGGCAGCCUGGAGGUCCAGAGCCCGCUGGGGUGGGCCCCGUACGGGCAGAUGCUGGCCCCCCGGGAGGCGCAGCCCCACCCCCACCUCCACCUGCACCGGCGGGACUACAGCAUCGACGAGAAGACCGACGCGCUCUUCCACGAGUUCCUGCGGCACGACCCCCAGUUCGACCAGCAGGAGUCGCCGCUGCGCACCAAGCACCGCUCGCGGGUGCACCUGCGGAAGCAGUGGCAGCGCUCCAAGCAGUACAGCGACCCCGGCGUGCGCUUCACGCCGGCCCUGGAGAGGCAGAGGCACCCGCUGCGGCGGGGCGACAGCGCCAACUACCCGCUGGACACCUGCUACCACAGCACCCUGCCCCGCAUCGUCAGCGCCCCCGACGAGGAGGCCAGCGAGGGGGGCCCCAGCGCCGCGCAGACGCCCGGGGCGGGCGAGGAGGAGGAGGAGGACAGGAGGAGGGUCAGCCCCAGCAGCAGCGGCAGCGGCCGGACCAUCAAGGAAGAGGAGGACCGCGCCUCCUGCUCGCCUCCCCCCGCCUCCGAGCAGCUCGAGCCCGCCGAGGAGGGCGGCAGGCAGGCCGGGCAGCCCCCCGAGCCCGCCGCCCCGCCCCCCGCCCCGGGCUACGGCCCUCAGACCAUCGCGGACGAGCUGACGGACAAGCUGACCGCCACCCUGGAGGAUCGGCUGUACACCGGCCUCCGCAGGGUCAAGGACAGUCAGGAGUGCACGGUGACCGUCGCCCGCGUCUCUCCCGACCACAGCCCAGUGUAGCAUGACUCCGACUCGCCACCCCCCCCUCGCGCUCGCCCAAAAACAAGCCUCUGUGUUCCGUUUUGCUCUCCGGGCAACUGUAGAGCAGGGUUGCCCAACCAUGUUCCUGAUGACCAACCGUCCUGUAGGUUCACGACAGGGCAGCCGACGGCCUAGUGGCUAAGGUCCAUGACUGGGACCCAGAAGUUUGGUGGUUCAAGCCCCAGUGUAGGUAUGAUAGAUCCUCACAGCUGUUGGGCCCUUGAGUGAGGCCCUGCAUUCAGGGGGGAUUAUCCCCUGCUUAGUCUAAUAACCUGAAAGUCACGUCAAAUAAAAGCUUCAGCUAAAUAACAGACUACUAUAUUUAUAACCCCAACAAAGCAUGCCUCAUUCAACAGCUGGAAAUCUCGUUGAGCGGCGAAUUGGUACAAUCAGGUGUGUCGAAUUAUGGUUGAACCAUAAACCUCCAGGAUGGUAGAUCUUCAGGAACAGAAUUGGGCAGUCCUGCUGUAGAGUCUCUCUCCCACCUCCAACCGAGAAAGAAACACCUUAAAACGCGGUACACAGUUACCCAGAUCUCAACAGCCCCCGCCAAAUUAUUCCAACAUUCGUGUCACUGCUUCACAGCCUUUCUCCAAGUGAGGCAAGUGAUCGUUUUAAGAGCCAAUACGCCCUCUGCACUAGUAAUGCCACUGUGAAAUCAGGUGCUAUCAGACUUGCUCGCACUUCCGCUGCAGAGACAAGACGAAUCAUACUCCUGUCCACCAGGGCAACAAGGCUCCAUUGGCUUGAGUUUUAGCAUUUAGCGUUAGCGUUCUUUUGCAGCCUUUACUUUGCAUCGUUUGCAUUACGUUUACAAAUUAAGUUUGCUAGUAGAGCUCAAUAGGACCAGCAUUCAUUCUCUUGCUGCACGUGAUAUUCAUGAAGCUUUCUGGGCCAUUUCGCAUUUGGCAUAAUGUGUAGUAAAGAAAAUGCUAUCGUUGUCGUAAAAAAACGUCCGCCGUUUGUGUCCAGAUCCCGAUCAGGUCAUAACUACAAUUCAAUUCAAUUCAAUUUAAUUCAAUUAGUAUAGUGCUUUUUUUUAGGAAGGGCAUUGUCACAAAGCAGCUUUACAGAGAUCCAGGCCUGAACCCCAGACAGGAGAAGAUUACAGACACUAGUUUACAUGCAUGAAGAAUCGGGCAGUGAAGGUACGCCCUUGGCCCAUAAGACGAGAUGGAUGCAGCCGCCAUGCAGCUUUCUCUCAGUUUAUCAGACAUUUGCAUUUCAUUUCUGUGGAAUAUCAUUAUCGCGGCAGCGCGGACGUCAGAAAACCAUGUUUUAUGGUAGAGAUACACAAUCUGCUGAUGUGAUUUCCUGUCGUACUGGUGAAGUAUCUGGAGGAUCUGUUUAGGGGAACUUCCCUUUCAUGCCAUGGUGGAGAAGAACAGAGCUUACAAGUGAUAUGUUGUUUGGUCUCGGGUCAGACCUGUGUAUAGCAACAUUAUACAUUGUGGGGCAAUAUAUAGGGCAAUACUGUAAUACAAUUGGUUUUUCAUCUCAAGGGAGCAAAUCUGAGAUGAUUCGUUGCACAGUUUUCAAAGUCAUGGUUAUAUCACCCCAUGGUUAUAUUCCCAGAUGUAGACGGUCAGUUGUUGUGGUCAGGACUCGAUGAUGAGCUACCUGUGCUGUCCAGUUUUCCAAAUGUAGUUUACAGUAUAAUUACAUCGAUACAUGGACGGAUUGAAAUGGAGAGAAAUUGCACUAUGACACGGGGUAGGGAACGGGAGGGUUAAUUUCUCAGACACAGAUUCCCCACUGCACCAAAUCCAAAAGGCUCCUUUUUUAAAGUGUCCUUGUCGUGAAGUGUUUUCGGUGGGAUUGGGACAGAGCUCGUAUUCAGGGAAGCACUGACUGGAUAAAAAUCGACCGAUUGCCAAGUGAGGUAACGAUUGUGAGAACCGACGAUUGUCGUUUUAUAUCACUGUAUGUAUUUAUUUCCAUGUGCAUUUUGUUGUGCGAGUGUUUUUUUUCUUUAGAAAUAAGCCAAUACAAUCACAUUUAGGACUCACCUUAUAAGAGGAACACAUAUAAUGGCGUGUUCCUCUGUUCAGUGUUCUUCCAUGCCAAAUACGUUUUGGUGCUGUGGACGGCACUACCCUGCCUUACUGCGAAUGUUAGGACCAUGUGUAAGGCAUCCGAAGCGACAGUAUUAAUUCAGUGUUGGUUGUACUGGCUUGUGUCACAUACAUAGGGGCUUAUAUUGGGGCCCAAAUGAGACUACUGCCAUUCUGUUGCGUUUGUUUUUUUAUCCUCUUUGGGAAGGCAUGUCGUUGAAUGCAUGUAUUUCACAAAUGAGCUUUGUGUACACAUUUCGGUUGAUUUUCAUUUAGGUGAAUGUUGACGAGGUAAUCUCAAC